AUGUCUUGGGAUGACGAGGGCGAGGAGGAGUGGGACCUGGACGCCCUGGCCUUAUUGGAAGCGAACGCGCUUGCGUCACGGCAGCAGCACAAGCCGCCGGAGCAGCAACAGCACACGACAGCCAGUGCAGAGGCAAGACCGCAGGGGCCUCCCCCCGCCGCAGCAGGCCCUGCAGCCGCGCCGCAGCAGCUGAAUGGGUCCGCCGCACGCCCGCCGCUCACCGCCCAAGACCUGUGCCACCGCACCCGCCACUUUGCCAAGCUCCCGCCGCCGCUGCUACGACCCAUGCAUGACAGGUGCCCUGGCGUUUAUGGCCGGGGAUGUGGCGGCACGGUGCAGCUGGUCAACUUGGCAGCAGUCGGUUUGUCCUUCUGGGCCUGCUCCAACGUUUCUUGCGCCUAUCGCGAGUAUCCGCCUCCCAGAAAGCUGUCUCCCGAGUUGUGCAUCGUGCUGGACAGGCACCGCGGCGCAAUCGAGGUGGCGGCGAUGCUGGGCGCAGAGGAUGCGAUUCGUUUUUGCGGCGGGGUGGCGGUGGUGCUGAGAGCGGCUGGUGUGGACAUGAGGCGGGCUCUGGCCGUGCUGGCGACAGUGCCAGGGCCUGAGGAGGCCUCGGUGUGCCCACCCGCGGCAGUGACGGCAUCAGCAGCCCCACAUGUGCAGGCCCAGGCUGCUCAGGCCACAACAGCCGCGGCGCAAGUGGUAUUGGGGCUGCCGGCAGUGCCUCCUGGUGUACCAGCCAGCAGCUCAGUGGCGGCCACCAGCCAGAGCGCAUCAGCUGCAGCACAGGAGGCAGCGCCGGCACAGCCACCACCUGCGCCCAUGGCGGCUGCCUCUGCAAGCCCGCCCAGCCUGUGGCCUGUGGUGUUCCCGCUGUCCGAGUAUGAGAGGUUGAGCAGCACACUGGUGCAGUUUGGCCGCAAGUCGGGCGUCACACUGCUGCCCAAUGCAGGCAUGAUUCCGAUCCCCACCCUUAGAGCUGCCAGGGGCGCGUGGCGCGUACCGCCACCGCCUGCCGAGGUGCGGGCGCUGUAUGCCCGCAUGCCUGCCUUCCUGGAGGCUGCGCUGCUGCCCUUCCAGCGCGAGGGCGUGCUGUUUGGGUUGGCACGCGCCGGCCGCUGCCUCAUAGCCGACGAGAUGGGCGUCGGGAAAACGGUGCAGGCCAUUGCGCUGGCCAGCUGCUUCCAGGAGGAGUGGCCCCUGCUGGUCAUUGUGCCCGCCAGCCUGCGCCUUGUGUGGGCGGAGGAGUUGGAGAAGUGGCUGCCUCACCUGCGCCCAGCGUGCAUCCACCUGGUCGAGGGCAAGGAAGACCGCGUGGCGCGGGGCGCACUGCCGCUGGUCACCAUCACCAGCUACGAAAUGAUGCAGCGCCUGACCUGCGAUGCCUGCAAGAACAGGGUGGUGCAGGGUGCCGGCAUGCGCGCGGGCCGGCGCCCGUCGUGCCGCGACCUCCAGAACUGUAUGGCCAGCCAGCGCUGGAAAGUGGUGAUUGUGGAUGAGAGCCACACGCUGCGCACAUCCAACAAGCCACCUGAUGCGCUGCACACCGAGGCGACGGUCACGGCGGUCAAGCUGGCCAGGCGCGCCAUCCUGCUGACGGGCACCCCCAGCCUGAGCCGCCCCUUUGACCUCUUCCGCCAGGUGGAUGCUGUGGCGCCUGGCCUGCUGGGCGCCAACCGCAUCUGCUUUGCCUCCGCCUACUGCAACCGGCGUGAGGUGGCGCUGACGGUGCACAACGGGGAGCGCACCACACGCUGGGACGUUGGCGGGCUGUCGCGGGGCGGCGAGUUGCACGACAUGCUCAAGGCGGAGGUGAUGCUGAGGCGGCUGAAGCAGGAUGUGCUGUCGCAGGCAAGUGGCAUGGGGGCGCUGGGCCGGGCUGCCAAAAGCCAUGCACUGCCUCCCAAGCGCCGCCAGGUGAUCCGCCUGCCCAAGCCUGCCGCUUCCGAGUGGCCCAAGUUGGCAGAGGGGGCCACACGCCAUGCAGAUGACAGCGAGGGCAGCGCCAGCUCAGCCAGCGAGGACGAGGGGGAGGAGGGGGCAGAGGAUGCGGAUGGCGGCGGCCAGUCCGCCAAGCCCAUGAGUGCCGCCCACCGCACCGGGCUGGCCAAGGCAUCCAGCGUCAUCGACUGGCUGAUGACGGCGCUGGGGGCACGCAAGAGCCAGAGGCAGCAGGGUGGCACAGGCCAGAAGGCUGAGGACGAGGAGGAUGCGGCUGGCGGCGGCGACCCCAGCAGGGAUGGUUGCGCCAGCACCAGCGGCGACUCUGGUGGCCCCAAGUUCCUAGUGUUUGCUCACCACAAGACUGUGAUGAACCGGCUGGCAGCGGCGCUGGAGGGCGCCAAGCAGUAUGCGCCCGUGAACUAUGUGCGCAUCGAUGGCGGCACCGACCAAGAGGACAGGCGGCAGGCGGUGCGGCGCUUCCACUCCGACUCCGCCGUCCGCGUGGCGCUGCUGUCGGUCACCGCCGCUGGCGUGGGGCUGGACUUUAGCGCCGCCAGCGUAGUGGUGUUUGCUGAGCUGCCGGAUGAGGUGGCGCAUGUGCGGCAGGCAGAGGACCGUGCCCACCGCCAGGGCCAGCGCCACCCCGUCAACGUCUACUUCCUGUGCGCCAAGGGCACCGCAGACGACCGCCGCUGGCAGGCCCUGAACCGCAGCCUGGCGCGGGCGUCGGCGUGUCAGCGGCACCGCCUGGGCAACCGGAUGGCGAGGGCAGUAGCAGGGCGCAAGGCGGUGCAGCGGCAGUAGCUGUGGCAGCCCAGGCAGCCCAGGCUGGGCUGGUAGUGGAAUGUGUGCACGAUGCGGAAGAGGCAGGCAUUACGCCUGCGGCGGCAAAGGCCGGCUUGGCAGCAAUGGGCAGCACCGGCGGCAGGCGAGAGAUUGUGGGCGGCACGCGAAUUGGCGAGUCGCCGCUGCCAGGCUCUGCUGCUGCCCCAGCUGCGGGAGCACGGGCUGCCAUGGGAGCGGCAGCCCAAGUCACGCCAUCUGCGCCAGCUGCCUUGAACCAGGCAAUCGCCGCCCCGGGAGCAGCAGUGGCAGCAGGAGCUGGUGUUCCAGGGACCAGUCAAUGCCAGCCUGCCACCAGUUUGGCUGUUGCCGGUGCAGGCGGUGCAGAGGUGGCGGGCAUUGCCCAGCCCGCCGCAACCGCUGCACCAGCUGCUGACAGCCUUGCAGCGCCG